AUGGCUUUACAGGUUGCCGGUUGUCUGUGCAUCAUUUGGGGAAAUAGUCGAUGCUGUCGUUUGUUUGUAGUUUUAACAAUGGUCUUAGUUUGUGUUAUUGUUUUUGGUUUAACAUUCCGCAAUCUUACACUUGGCAUUUUGGCUGGCAGGUUUAUAAAUGGGAGAAGUGAAUUUGGAUCAAGUGAUGACUGGCAAGUGCCUGAUAAGUACUUGUACAUUUUGCUUACGAAAGACCAGAAACCUAUAUGCAGGGCACUGUGCCGAAAUCCUCCUGCAGAACUUGAUUCAUCACUAUAUCUUUUAAUCAGUAGAAUUCGAGGCUCAUUGUUUACCUUCAUGGUUGGUUAUGGUCUGCUGUACUUCGAGUUGUUUCUGCAUCUCUUUGGGCCACUACGCUGGAGUUUACAUGAUAUAGUUCCAAGAGCUAGGGUACAUAUCCUUGGUGAUCUGCCUCAUUGCUUUUUAAGUCCUGCUCCAGAGUCUCCUCGUGACAAAUUUGAAUGGGGCAGAUUUUUUAGUUAUCUUCAAAGAAAAGAUUCGGUUGGAAUUGCAAAAGUCCAAUCCUGUGAAUUCUACAUACUUCCUCCUGAUAAAGGCUCCAAUUUUAGCGAUGUCCAAGUCGCAUAUCGGGUGGAGAAAACAUGCAGUGGGAAUGAUGGUCAAGAACACUGUGAAGAUAAUGGCUCUCCUAGUGUCAGGUUUCAAGACACUAUUGAAGAUCAGCAUGGUUGUGUUACUGCAAUUGAAACUUGUCGGAGACGCCAGCCUCUUACUGCGAAACAGGUUCCACCAUUGGAUAAAAAUUAUGCACGGGCACAUCCAAGCUACCUGGAAACUCUUGGUCAAGUGCAUUAUGCAUGGAUUUUUGGUGCAAUAGCUGAGCUUGUUGACAAUUCCAGGGAUGCUGAAGCAACCAGACUGGACAUUUCUAUUGAGGAAAUAUAUUCAAAAAGAGCUGGCAAAGAAAUUCCUAUGCUGUCAGUUAUAGAUGAUGGCCAUGGUUUGACCCAUCAAGAGGUAGAGAAAAUGGUUUGUUUUGGGCACAAGAAACCUGAUGCUGAUGAUCCGAAUCGCAUUGGAAGAUUUGGUGUUGGAUUUAAGACUGGAGCAAUGAGAUUAGGGAGGGAUGCUCUGGUUAUUACUCAGACUGAUGAUUCCAGAUCCAUAGCUUUCCUUUCGCAAUCUUUAAAUGAGGGAAAAGAUAAUCUUGAGAUACCCAUUGUAAGCUACCGAAGAAAAGGACAGUUUAUGGAAGUGGACACAAGUGUCCAGUCGGAAGCUUUAGCAAAGUACAAUCUGAAAGCUAUUAAGGAAUUUUCGCCUUUUGAUAAGUAUUUGAUUGGUGGAAAAGCAGGUUUAUUCCGUAGAAACCAUACAGGAACACAAAUAUACAUAUGGAACUUAGAUGAGUGGGGAUCACAAUAUUGUUUGGAAUGGGAUCCUGGACUGACUGGUGGGAGCUCCUUUCACAAAGGUGACAUACUCAUCCGUUCAAAAAGGCUCAGAUCUCGUCCUGGCCAGAUUAGCAGAACGGUAGUGUAUUCUCUUCUCUCGAUUUAG